GAAACCAUCUCAAUUGCACAAAUGGAAUCAAAACCGAAACGCUCUUUUAAGCGUCCUUUUGCUUUUCCCAAAAACUGUGUCUAUCGUCCACUGCGGCAGAUAAGUAAUAUGGAAAGGAAUUUGAAGCUGCCCGCUGACAGACCCACCUACUUCACGCUCAAUGCACCGCCCUCGUUGGUUCCGGCCAAGAAGUACUCGGAUAUUAGCGGACUACCCGCUCCAUAUGCCGAUCCGCAUACAAAAUUAAGGUUCGCCAACGCUGACGAAUAUGCGUCCAUGCAACACAUGCCCUCGGACAUCAUCAAUGGCUACCUUACAGUCCGCGGUUACACCAGCGCCGUGGGAUAGUCUAGCCGAUCUAUAUAUUAUAUAUAAAUAUAUCCCAUAUAUACGCGACGUGUUCUGCCCCUGGAGGCACGGCCCGAGGCCUUGCGAUCCGCCGGCAACAACUUAUAAUAGCCAAUUACAGAGUUACUACUGACCUUACUUUUACUAGCAUUGCAUGCGAGGCCGUUGCUUCCAAGUGAUUUGAUGACUGCUUCCUGGCUGUAACACUGCGUUCAAGGGAAGUUACAUCCACGAUUACCAUAUAAAUAUAGAUAGCUUAACCAGAUAGUAAUGAUCUCUGAACAAUUACAUCUCUCUAAUAUCUGUUAAGCCACUUACGACAUAGAAAACUGUAAAGAUUUUACUCUGUCAAUGGUUUUAAUUAAUACAAGGUGAGAUGUAAACCUUGAGAGAUCGAAAUUGUCCAAAUUAACAAUCAAAUAAUACAAAAUUUCCCUAAUGGAAAAAGUAAAUAAUGUAGAAACUGAUACGUGCAAGCUUGCGGUUGGCAUUUGUUUGGACAAGCUGCUAGCUAUAUCAACUGUUUUUUAGAUUAUUUAGACAGCUUUUGUAACAAUACUGACAUAAUACCCCGAUCGAGACAAGCAUUAAAAUAAACAACAAAAUCUAAACAAAA